GAAGAGAUGCAUUGUAUGCUUUAUUGUAUGCUGAACUGGGAAAUAGAAGGAGUCGAUGACGAAGUUAGAUUCAUCUUUAUGUUUCGCAGGCAUGGAUAAUGUUGGCUGCUGAAGGAGUGUCAUGAUCAAGCUAGGGUGUUAGAACAGUUAUACUCUGCAUUAAUUCAACAAGAUGCCACCAAGGAGCCUACAUAUUGCAUCUCGAUGCAAUGGUACGACAGCCGAUGGUUUAACCUUCUUAUACGGUAUAGAAGGAGAGGUGGUAGAUUCGGUUGAGACAUGUCUAAUUAAUACUACGUUGGGUGGUUCACCAAUUGGACGUGCGGUAUGCGUGAAAGACACGGCAUCGGGAGAAUUGAUUUGGAACAUCACCAUUAACGAUUGCGGGCCGAGUAGAGAGACGAGCGAGAUACUAGUCGACAUUACUCGGGACGGAGUAACGAACGAGACGGUGAUUGAUGUGCUAGAGAUUGUAGUGGAGAUCACUGAUACGGACAUAGACGAAGACGAUAUCGACAACAUAGCUUCCAUUAUCAGCAGCAGUACUGAUCUCGGAAGUGGAGAUCCUAUGAUCACUAAUUUAACGACCACCAUCAUCAGUGACAUCAUAGAUGUAUACGAGGAGAACCCUUCCAACCUCGAGGAGAGUACAGAGGCAUUCACAGAAAUCUUGAUGAGUCUCGAAACACAACUCGACAACAUUGACACUUCAGAUGGUCAACCCUUUAUGGCAUUAAAAAGGAACUUAGCUGUACAGGUGUCGAGUGUCAGACCGACCGACUUCGCUUCUGGGUUGACCAUAUCUGCUAGUAGUACAUCCGACGAUCUUAGAGACUCGAACAUCACACUCAACAGCGGAGACAGCGGCUUAGAUCGUAGACAAGACAACAUGGCUGAAACUCGUGUUGACAUCCCUCCUGGUGUGCUGAACGACCGCGCCGACGAUGACGAGGGCUCGUCAGAGGUGCGUCUGGCCCUUACCGUUUUCAGGACUUCGUCGCUGUUCAGUUCGGCGCGUGUCCGCGAGACGAACUCCGGGCAGAACAGUUUCAACCGGUCUGUGAACUCGUUAAUUGUAGGCUUGGCCAUCGGAGGAAGGGAGACAACGAAUCUAAUAGAAGAUAUCGUUUUUCACUAUACACCUCUUCAGCCAGGGUUCGAAAAUCCCGAGUGUAAUUUUUGGGACUUUGAGGACAAUGAUUGGUCACAAAGGGGGUGUCGAAGGAUUACGUCAUCAGAUGACACAGAAGAGAUUACAUGUAGCUGCGACCAUCUUACAAAUUUUGCUGUAUUAAUGGACAUUUAUGCUGAACGUGUUGAGGCAUUAAGGGUUAUAAGUAUCAUCGGAUGUACAAUAUCUAUCGUGUGUAUAAUCAUUAUACUGAUCACCUAUCUAUCAAAUAAAAACCUUCACAAACACCAGUCGCAGAAGAUCUUUUUAUGUCUUUGCGGUACCCUUCUCUGUCUCUAUAUCACCUUCCUGAUCAUGACCGCCUUGGACCGCCAUCCCGAUCACCGGGAGGUCGAACCCGUUCCCUGUGGCAUCCUUGCCGCUCUCGUUCAUUUCUUCACCCUCUCUUCCCUGGCUUGGAUGGGCGUUGAGGGCGUCAACACCUAUCUCAUCGUCGUGCGCGUCUUCGAUGCCUACAUCCCUCGAUUCAUGCUCAAGGCCGGGCUCGUAGCAUGGGGAGGAUGCGGUCUGGUCGUCCUAAUAACCGGGCUUGCAGCCAUGGGAAAUUAUGCAGAAUCCGACUACUGUUUUCUUCAGAGGUGGCCAGCCAUCGGCGGUCUCCUUAUUCCAAUAGCUCUCAUCCUUCUCGCCAACAUCAUCAUCUUCGGCCUUGUCGUCCGCCGCUUGUUCAAAUCCGCCAAUGUCGGCUCCAAACGCGACUCGAUUCCGAACAACCGCAAGGCUUCUAACGAACGCGUCAAGAACGCAAUCAGCCUCCUCAUUCUGUUCGGCUUAACCUGGGUGACCGGUUACCUGACCUUGAUAAACACCACCAGCCAAGUCAUCCAGACACUCUUCAUUGUCUUCAACUCUCUUCAGGGCUUCUUCAUCUUCGUCCUCUACUGUGCAAAGAACCCAGCAGUGCGGGCGUAUUGGGCCAGGAUGUGCGGAUGCGGCAGAAACUCGCCAAAGGACAGUACCAGUUCCCAUACAGGAAGACGAACAAGUCACAUUAGCUCCUCGACCAACAUGCAUGAAUAUUCGUCCUCUAUUACGCGUUUCUCCCAGGUCGGAAAGGACGAAGAUCCGAAGAAUCCGGCAUCGAAUGAGAACCAGACUGGCGUUCAUGACAACCAGGCCUACGAGGAGAUUGAAGAAGUGUCCGAUCCGACCGGAAAGUAUCCCGGGAAGACUUCAAACGACCAGUCAGCUGUUGGUCCAACCUACGAGGUAAUCGAGUAAGGCAGUGCUGCUGACCCAGCCUAUGAUUAUCCCACCCUUGAAAAACUAAGUUUGCAAUAUGGCACUGUUUUACAAAAUAUCAUAAUUUUCCUACACGAAAUAUGCACAAUAUUGUUAUUUUUUUUAAGGGAACAUACUGAAUUGUCAAGAAAAGAACGAACGCAUUAAAUUCUUGCAUCAUAAUAUUUA